CAUUCAUUUAGUUGCUCUUAGACCGCGAACGGAAUCGCAACCGAGUCUUUUUGAUUACUUUACCAUAUUUUGUUUGUAAUUUCGAAUAAAAUUCUAAUUUCGAAAUCGUUAUAAUAUACCGCUAUUGCCGGUCGGUUUUAAGAAUGAUUCUCAGAUAUACCGUUAUUCUAAUAGUUGUUUUAGUUGAAUGUUAUCGAAGUGCAAGUAGUGAAAGUAUUAGAGAAGUUGAAUUAUCAUCUGGUUGGUCGAUAAAGAAUCAAAAUGGCUCUGUUACAAAAGGAAACCUAAAACUUCCAUCAGGUAUCUACAGUUCACUUUAUGCUGAAGAUGUUCUUCUAUCUUACAACGAUGUCAAUAUGCGAUGGAUAGCUUAUGACAAUUGGACUUAUUCUAGAACUUUUAAAGUUGAAAAAUCCGACAUUGAAAAUAUCCAAUUUGUCAAUUUAACAUUUCACGGAAUCGAUACAAUAUCAACGAUUUAUUUGAAUGGAGAUGUUCUCGGUCAUACGGAUAAUAUGUUUGUUCGGUACACUUACAACAUUCGACCACAAUUGAAAGAAGAAAAUGUACUAGAAGUUGCAAUUCUAUCACCAGUUUGGGCUGCCAAAAAGUUAGCUGAUAAUUUAGAAGCAAAAAAUUCCACAAUUCCACCGAAUUGUCCAGAUGCACGAUAUCAUGGGGAAUGUCAUAUGAAUAUGUUGAGAAAAAUGCAGGCAAGUUUUUCCUGGGAUUGGGGACUAGCAGCGCCAUCUAUGGGUAUUUGGAAAACUGUCACAUUGGAAUAUUAUGAAGUAGCUUUGAUUAGAGACAUUGAUGUCGCUGUUUCGAGAAAUAAUUCUCACUGGACGAUGGAUAUUCGAGUCUUUCUUGAGACUGGAAUCGAAAAGAACUUCUACGGGGAGCUGAUAUUUUAUGCUGUAGAACUUCUUUCAAGCCCUGUUACUGUUAGCUACCGAAAUAGAACAAUAAAAUACACCGAUCCAGUUAUUCACUUUCAACAGACUAUUCCAGUGGAAGACGUUGCAUUAUGGUGGCCAAAUGGAUACGGAGAACAAAAAUUAUACCCGCUACAUUUCACAAUGAAUGCCUGGUUGGGCAAACAGGGACCAAAACCUCGAGAUCGAACGAUAUCGCAGAAGUCUGUUCGUAUUGGUUUUCGAACAAUUGAAUUGGUUCAAGAGGAAUUGGAUGAUGGCAAUAGCUUCUUUUUCCGAGUGAAUGGCGUUCCUAUAUUCAUGAAGGGCACAAAUUACAUUCCAUCACAUAUUUUACCAGAAUUAAGUGCAGAUCAGUCCAGAAUUAAGAGGCUUCUAUCAUCAGCAAAAGAAGCCCAUAUGAAUAUGAUCCGGGUCUGGGGUGGAGGAAUCUAUGAAUCGGAUUAUUUCUACGAUUUAGCCGAUUUGAAUGGAAUACUUAUUUGGCAAGAUAUGAUGUUUGCUUGUGCAAUGUAUCCAACUCAUACCUCUUUCCUGGAUUCAGUGCGAACUGAAGUCAUCCAAAAUGCCAAGAGAUUAGCUCGUCAUCCUAGCGUAGCAAUAUUUGCUACCAACAACGAAAACGAAGUAGCCCUAGCUCAAGAUUGGUAUGGAACUUUCAUGAAUCGCGCUCAAUUCGAAGAAGACUAUCGGAAGUUGUACGUAGGCACAAUCAAUCAUGAGCUUAGAAUAAUCGCUGAUAGUUCACGGCCAGAUCCACUGAUUUCGUCACCUUCGAAUGGUGUUAAAGGAAUAGAAGACCGAUUUAUUUCGAAAAAUCCUCAAGAUCCGAAGUACGGUGAUGUUCACUUUUAUGACAUCUUAAAGGACUCUUGGGAUCCUGAUAUCUACCCACGUCCUCGAUUUGCAUCGGAAUACGGUUUUCAGAGUCUUCCCGCGACAGGAGCUUGGAAACGGGUUUUGGGUAAAAAUGACAAGAUCGACGAACUGAUCGAUCAUCGUCAGCAUCAUCCGUAUGGAAUGUUUGUGAUCAACAAUAUGGUAUUGAGACAUCUCCCAUUGCCAUUCGACGAUCCCCAAAUGGAAGGAGCAAUAUAUUUGAGUCAAAUUGCCCAGGCUAUGUCGGUAAAGGUUGAAACAGAGCUAUAUCGAAGUUUACGUAGUACUGAAUAUCGAACGAUGGGUGCUCUUUAUUGGCAACUUAACGAUGUUUGGGUAGCGCCUUCGUGGUCAAGCAUUGAUUUCUAUGGCAAUUGGAAGAUUCUCCACUAUUGGGCCAGAGAUUUCUUGGCUCCCAUAAGUGUAAUAGCUCUGUUCGAUUGGCGGGCGAAAGCUAUUAAUCUGACACUAGUUCGUGAUGACAUUACCGACACAAUUAUGGAGGUUGAUGUUACGAUGAAUCUGUUCUUGUGGUCCGAAUUGUAUCCGAAGAAGUCAAUUACUUGGCAAGCUGAAUUGAAACCCAAUUCUGAUCAUUUGAACAAAGUAAUUCCAUUGGAUCAGAUAUUCAUGGACCGAUUUACGCAGAGUAAUUCUUUUGUGGAAUUUCUUCUAAGCACUGAUGCUACUGUCCUGUCUCGAACUUAUCACUUUCCCUCUAAAAUUAAGUCAGCUGUUGGAAUUAUGGAUCCAGAUUUAAAGGUGGAAAUAUCAUCAAAAUAUUGUCGAACUGAAUCGACAAAGAAUAGCUAUAGUUUGGCAAUUAAGAUUCAACGUCCAGCUUUGUUUGUUUACAUUGAAAUUAUUCAUAGUAGCGUGACUACAUACACCCUAUCGAAGAAUGGAUUCUUGCAAUUGGAUCCCAUACAAAUGGUGCACUUGGAAUUCCAGAGUAAAAAAUGCAUUGAUCUUACUUUGGAUAAUAUUAAAGUCACAACAGUCAAUCAAUAUAUGCUUUGAUCUAAAAAUAUACGUUUUGUAAGACAAAAAGGAA